CAUCAUCGAAUCUACACACCUCACCAGUAACCGAAAAAAGACCUACGAAAAACGACCACCAACUACCGACGAUUAUCAAAAAGAAGAAAAAUGCCCUCAAGAGUGCUAAUAUCCCUCUCGGCCCUUCUCCUAAUCCACUCCUGCUACUCCGCGCACGAACACUCCCUUCUAAUGCCAACUACCUCGCUACCGCUGGACGUGGCGGUCGAGAUGUUGGUCUCAGUGGUUCUGCUGUGCUUCGGCAUCGUGCUAGGAAAUCGUGAGGAGUUGAAGCCCAUCUCCUGGAGCGUGUGGAGCGGGUUGCUGGAGCGGGAGAAGGGGUAUGGACAGUUCAGCUAUCUGGAGGAGCGUGUGGGCUUUCUGGAUAUUAGGGCCAAGCGGGCCGAGUUUGCCAAGUGGGUUAAGGGUGCAGAGGAAGGUUCUUCCCCUUAAAACACCUAGUGGGUCGAAUGGAUUGGAUUGGACCAGAUAGGUGGGUUAAUUGAGGUUAAUAGAUGGAUGGAUUAUGGAUGUCAUGUUCCUUCUGUAGAUACGAUAUGGGCGUCGGAGAUCUCCUAAAGUGGUCAC